UCCAUACGCUCUGAUUGUCCGGCGCUACCUGUCUCUGCUGGACGCCGCCGUGGAGCUCGAGUACCGAGAGUACAGCGGACCACGACUGCAGGACGCCCACAAGGUCCUGAUGUUUGACCACGCCCUCACUGCUGACGAGGUCAACCGCAAGUACAGUUAUAAAGGUCUGGUGGCCGAGGCUCUGAGACAGCUGGUGGGAGAACACAACUACAAACAAGACGAAGUACUCGCCCCGGGAUACUACACAGACUUCGUGCUGUGGCUGGACGGGUCCGGUCAGGUUCUUCCCAUCAGGCCUGGCGGUGGUCUUGCUCUCAGCAUCGUUCCUCCGUCCUGCAUCACCAUGACGACCAAACCGGCCGACGGAGCGGUUGCUGUGGUGACCUCAGAGUUCCAGAAGUUCUCUCCGUUUGCGGCGCUGGAGGAGGGGGCGGAGCCACCGUGUCAGGAGGCCGUGGAGCCCCGAUCCUUCCUGCCCCACCAUGUCCGCAGCACGCCGGGGGCCGCGGCCCCCUCGGGGCCCCCGCGGCCCGGCACUAACGGCGGCCCAUAUGGCGUGUACUUCGUCCCGGCGGCAGAGUACUACUCCGGCCUGGCCAAGGAGCACUCUCUGGAGAGCCAGGACAGCUCCACGCUCAGCAGCCCCCCCUCUGACGGCCUAGCCCCGCAGGGGGCCCAGGGCCCUGCGGCCGCCGCCCCAGACUCACUCUUCCAGUUCUCCAUCGGGAAGAUCCUGGAGGACGAAGGCGGGGCCCCAGGGGGCCCCGGGACGGACUGUAAGCUGCCGGGAUUCUACAAGGGUGUAACGUAUUCUGAGGGGUCCGGGGUCGACAGAGGGGCCCCGCCACUACAGCUGCACCCCCCCGAUGGCCCAGACGGGGACGACCCCCCCCCAGAGCAGAGGGCCAUCAGGAGGUGAGGGCCCCUCAGAUGUGUGCGUCCCCUGAGACAGGUCCCUGAUGUCCCCUAACACUUCAUGUCCCCUGUCAACUCAUGUCCACUGAGACAGGUCCCUCAUGUCCCCUAACACCGCAUGUCCCCUGAGAAAGGUCCCUCAUGUCCCGUCACCUCAUGUCCCCUGACACAGGUCCCCUCAUGUCCCCUGAGACAGG